UAUAGAAGUGUCCUUGAAUCUUUUUAAGAUACUCAAAUCACUUAAACCCAGGGUGCACUACGAAGACCGAGGGGAUAGCUAGGGUUCCUGAGUGAUUUAGGUAAGGGAGUCUGAACUACAAACUAGUGGUUCUAGACUUCAGCUUUAAACAGAGGAACUAUAAUAAGAAAAUGGAAAGCUUAUGCCCUGCAUUUUCAAGAACCAGAAACUCUAGGGAAGGUUGUGGGAAUUGAUGUAAUGAUGCCAACAAUAAUGGACAUGGAGCAGACGGGGAUUGAAGAAAACUUUGCCAGUUUGCACCUUCCCCCACAAGAAGAUCUCGAACUUCAGGAUGCCGAAGAAGAAGAAGAAAGCGACGAGGAAGAAGAAAGCGAUGAAGACAAUGACGGUGUGGUUUUAGGGUUUCUAGAGGAGCUAAAAAAUCCUUAUGCUCAAAGCAGGGCCGGAGGAACACCUUUAUGGUUGGAUACCGUUAACAUACCUAGUGAGAAGGACUCGUGUUGUGGCAUCUGUGGAAAUCCUCUGCAACUCUUAAUCCAGGUUUAUGCAAAGAUCGACGAUGCAUUCCACAGAACCUUAUAUGUUUUCAUGUGCCCUUCAAUGGCGUGUUUGCAACAAGAUCAUCUAGAGCAGAAAAAAUCAAAGCCAUGCAGAAGUGUGAAGGUAUUCCGUUGCCAAAUACCGAGAAAGAAUCCAUUCUAUGAUGAAGAUGGCAAACCAUUGUCCAGUGGCGUUGCUCUUUGCAGUUGGUGUGGGACAUGGAGAGGUGGGAAGAUUUGCAGUGGUUGCAAGCUUGCACGUUAUUGUUCUCGCCAUCAUCAGGUCAACCACUGGAAAACUGGUCAUGCAGCAACAUGUCGUAAAAUUCAGUCAAGUUCCAAGACUGGUGCAGCUUUGAGCGGGCUUACCGAAAACCAUAGUUCGUCCGAGCUUGUGAAUGGACAUGAGACAGGCUCCCAAGUUGACUGCCAGAUGAAACCCGCAAGCAAUUGUUUAUGGCCUCAAUUUGAGGUGGUUGAUGAAGACUUGGAUGAUUCCGAUACAGGAGAUUGCAGUGAGAAAGUCCCCACAAGUAUAAUUAAAGAUGUGCAGGGAAAGGCUGGAGAUUUUGAUAAGCAGUUUAUCAAGAUGGAGGCAUCCAAAGAUCAAAAACAUUGGGCUUCCUUUCAAGAACACAUUGCAAAAGCUCCAGAUCAAGUUAUGAGGUACUGUUGGUCUAAGAAUGCAAAGAUCUUGUGGCCAAGAAUAGGAGGACAACCACAAAACACUGACAUUCCUAAUUGUACUGUGUGCAAUGGACCUCGGUACUUUGAAUUCCAGGUAUUACCUCAAUUACUGUACUUUUUCAAAGUACAAAAUGAUAUUGACUCAUUGGAUUGGAGCACUAUAGCUAUUUAUACGUGUGCUGCAUCAUGUGGGGAGAAUUCAGUUGGCUAUAUUGAGGAAUUUGCUUGGGUUCAGCUGGCAUCUUGAUGCUCGUGACAUGUAAUAUGGUAAAAUUAUUGCCAAAUUCAUAGGAGAUCUGUGAGUCACACUUGAUAAGUUGGAGCUGUGUAUAUUGAUGUCUUAGUGUGGUAGAUGUCACUCUUGUGCACACUUGAUAAGUUGGAGCUGUGUAUAUUGAUGUCUUAGUGUGGUAGAUGUCACUCUUGUGUUUAUGCUAUAUUUAAAGUUUGAACGUUGUGCAAGUAUCCAGUUGAAGCACUUGCAUGGUACUUUGAAGAGUUAUUUAAGCCAAAAAGCUUUGUAAUUUUUAGUUCCUUUUUCCUUAAAGGUUAAUUUAAAAAAAUAGAUCGACUCAUGAGUAAUAAUUAUUUUGUUCAAAUAUAUUCCAAUUUAUUAUUUCGCUACA